GUUUUUGAUAAGAUUGUUUUAACUAAUGAAUUUUCAUUCAUCAGAUAUAUUAGCUUAACUCAAUCAGAUUGGAAAUCUCUUAAGGAAAUUGUAAUUUUUUUAAAGCAAUUUGCAAGAAUUUCAACUGAAAUGUGUGCAUCAACUUAUCCUACCAUAAGUUUAGUUUACCUCAUGUAUAAUCAUUUAAUGGACCAUACUGAAAAAAUAAUAAAGGAUGGAAAAUCUUCAAAAUCAUUAGUUGCAGCUGCAAAG